AUGAAUACAUCAAAAAACCCUAUUGAUGAAAACACUGAGGCUGAGGGUAAAGCUUCCUCUCCCCACUCAACAACGUUGAAGCUAUUUGGUUUUCCACUAACUCCACCAUGCUAUGAAGAGAACACCAACACCACUCCUUGUUGCACAUACAAGAGAUUCAAAUGCCAAUUUUGUUACCGUGAAUUCGCCAAUUCUCAAGCACUAGGUGGCCACCAAAAUGCGCACAAGAGAGAACGCCAAAGCGCUGCUUUCUCACCCGUCUCUCACUUUCAUCAACGCUUCACACCACCUCCUCGUAACCCUAUCAUAGUUCCACACGGAAGAUCAGGACCAUCCGUUCGUCCACGUGGCCAUCAUCAUGAACCUUGGCUCCGAAAUGAUGCAUGGUUAGACACCGAGGGACCUCAUCAUCUUCGUUUUGUGAGACCAAUGGGUGCAACCACAGCUACAAAAGAGUCUUUCAUACGAGUACGGAAUGUUGAUGACGAUGUUGAUCUCAACUUGAGUUUAGCAAGCAAUAGCACACCCCCCAACUCCAAGGGCAAGGAGUUGGCCAGGUGGAAAAUUUGA